AUUUCUUUCUGUCCAUUCAGACGGCCAUUAAGGAUUGACACGAUAACCGAAAAGGAUAAAUUAGAAGAGAAAAUGUCUAGUAGGAAAAGAUCUAGAAGGGAAGAAAAAGAGGACAAUAAUGUUACUCCGGCUAAGAGGAUGGUAAAUUACAAACCAGCCCCCUACAGCAGCGAUGAAGCGGCAAAAUUAGAGCGGGCCAACUGCGACUAUACAAUUAAAAUCACCAAGGAAAUGGCUGAUGGUGGAACUGCUCCAAGACAAAUUCGAGUUUACGCCGAUGGUAUCUAUGACAUGUUCCACUCAGGUCACGCAAGACAACUUAUGCAAGCCAAAAUGUGCUUUCCAAAUGUUUAUUUGUUGGUUGGUAUCUGCAAUGAUGAAUUGACACAUAGGAUGAAGGGUAGAACUGUAAUGAACGAAGAAGAACGUUAUGAAGCCGUACGUCACUGUCGGUACGUUGAUGAAAUUGUUACGGAUGCUCCUUGGCAGUUAACUGACGAAUAUUUAAGGAAUAAUAAGAUCGAUUUUGUCGCUCAUGACGAUAUACCUUAUGCUGCAAGUGGAGCCGAAGAUAUCUACAAAUCCCUUAAAGAGAAGGGUAUGUUCGUUGCAACUAACAGAACUGAAGGAAUAUCGACGACGGACGUUAUUGCUAGAAUUAUUAAGGACUACGAUAUGUACGUAAGGAGGAACUUGGCUAGGGGCUAUACAGCAAAGGAGCUGAACGUCAGCUACGUCAGAGAGAAGCGUAUUCAAUUUCAAGAAAAGAUGAGUCAAGUUAAAGGAAAAUCUGAGAAGAUAAUAAAAACCAUAGACGAUAAGAAGACAGAAUUAAUAAGCAAAUGGGAGGAUAUGAGUCACAGUUUAAUUGGGAACUUUCUAGACGUUUUUGGCAAGGACGGUCGAAUUAAUCAGUGGCUAAACGAUAAAAGAUUGAAGGUUGCUCGAGCAAUCUCGCCAGCCGAUCUAGAAGAGGACAAAGACUAGAAUGCAGAGAAAGAAAAAGAGAGUAAGCGAGCGAGCGAGCGAGAGAGAAUGAGAAUGAGUGCAAAAGCUAUAAGAGAUAAAGAAAAAGGUUCGAAAGGGUGAGGUUUAUAAUGUUAGGGAAUACUUUUUAUCAUCCAUCCAUUCUUUUUAUCUUUUAAUUAUUUUUUUCUUAUAAACAAAAAUGUCAUCUCUAUCUUUAUCAACCUAAUUUGAAUAUUCAUUAAUCACUGUAUGUAAAUAUAUCAGAAUUUAUCAUUAUUAUUUUUCAAAAUUUACUUACUAGAGAUUAUCUAUAUAUGCAUUAAAUGUCGAUGUGGCAGCUUGAAUGACAAAAACUAUAAGGUGUAUACUUAAUAUGUUUGUUUGGUUAGUCAUUAAUUAAUAAAUAGAGUAAUAAUAUAAUACAAUUAAUUAACUAAUUAGAUAAAUAAUUCAUAAUACUUUUCUUUUGUAGGUAUUCUUUCAAAAAGAUUUAUUUUUCUAUAACAAUCACAAAUGUUUCUUUAAAACGUGUAUAACAAAUUCUUUACUACGUUUCUUUCUACCGUUGUUUGUUUUUUUUCUAAUCGAUCGUUUAUCUUUUGUAUGUUUAUCAUUUUUUAGUUUUUUUUUGUUUUUUUUGUCAAAUUUUUUUUUAAAGGGAUAGUUUGUCUUUUGUCUUUUUUUUCUGUCAAAAGAAUCACAAAUUAUCAUAUAUUUUCUCCUUUAAAUGGUCGAAAAUAUGCACAAAAAAAAAAGAAUAUGAAAAAGGAAACAUAAAAAUUUGAAACCGCUAAAAGAAAAAUAAUUAGUCCUUUUUUUUUCACGGUUUACUUCGUUUUUCUUUUCUCUUCUUUCUUUUGUAACUACAAACUAUGACUUUUAUAAAAUGAAAACAAAAACAGUUCUUUGUCUCCUUUAACUCAUUUUUUUCCUCUUUUGAAAGAGAAAAAGUUCCCUUUAAUUUUUUAUUUUCUUCCAAAUUUUUGUACUUAAAAAAAUCUCUUCCCAAUAUGAUCCUUAAAAAUAUUCAAUAGACCCAGGAAACUGGUACCCAUUGUGGUGUGCUGCAAACUUCAUCGAUAGCUCUUUGCAGUGUAUGUAUAGUUUCUUCAAUAUCGUUGUUAACGAUUUUCAAAUCGAAGUAAUGUCCAUAAGCCUUUUCUAAUAGUUCGGAUUCUCGAGCUAAUCGCUCUAAACUUCCAUCCUAUAAAGAAAAAAAAAGGGGAAAAACUAAAUCUUUUUUUCGGAUACAAACAAUUAUUAUUAAGUUAUAAUAAUAAUCACAAUAAAGCGUAAUAAGAAAAGGAAUAGAUAUGAUUGGAUAUGAGGAUCUCAUAUUAAAUUGAAUUAUGUUAUAAAUUUUCUUUUUCUAUUCUUUCAAUUUAUUUAUGUCAAUAUUCUGUGCCCAUAGUUCACAAUCAGACACACUCUACCCCCCCCCCUCCCCC